AUUAUUAUGUGUUGGUGAAUGAUCAGUAGCUCGUUUUGAACUUAGUUAUCAGUCAUUGGUAUUGAAGCUUUUUGUAAUUUUGUUUUUUUGUUAUUAUAAACUACUGAUAAGAUUUUAAAAGACUUUAUAUGUGCAAAGUGUGAAUAUAGAAAGCAUCAAUCGUUGUUAAAAAAUAAUUCACUUGUCUACUACAAUGAAAUGCAAAUUGCCGCAGUUUUUUUUUCAGAAAAAUUAAACUUUCACAAAAAGACUGGACUAAAAACAAUAUCUUUGACAAAUUAUCACAAGCAUUUGAACGGACACACACACACGAUAGAAUGCAAAUAUAACAAUUAGUAACCCAGUUAAUGCUAAAAAUAUUUCUCCCGCUUCAAACGGAAUUGAAAGUUGCCAAAAUGAACAUGGGAAUGUCGAGAGGAUCUAGAAAUACAAAGAAUAAAAAGUGUACAUGUCAAAAUGGAUGUGAGAAAUACUUUGAUGAAUAUUGUGAUAGUACUAGUAUUCAUGGAUUUAAAUAUUUGGCGGAAAAACGUUCAUUAGGAGAACGAUUAUUAUGGUUGAUAGUGAUAACAUGUGCUUUGUGCUCAUGUGGUUACAUGAUUAGUAAAAUUUAUGCAAAAUAUAAUGAAAGUCCGAUCAUUGUUUCCUUUGCAACUAAGGAAUCUCCCAUCUAUACUAUUCCCUUUCCUGCUAUUACAAUUUGUCCUAUAACAAAAGCAAAAAAAAGUUUAUUUAAUUAUACCGACUUCUUGACGAGACCUCACAAUCGAACUGAACAAGAGAAACGAUAUGGCAAGUACAUGUCCUAUGUUUGUGGUUCUAAUAAACUGUUCAAAAAUGAAACAUAUUUCACGGAUGAUAUCUAUGAAGCAUUAGAUGAGAUUAAGAUCCCUGUUGAUCAAUUUAUGGAAAAUUGUUCAUUCAUGGAAUCUCCUGGUCAGUGCAGUUGGUUUUUUUCACCAAUAAUUCUAGAUCAAAGUAUUUGUUUUACCUUCAACAUGCUAGAGCGUCAACAUAUUUAUAGGAAUAACGUAGUUCAAUUUUAUGAUGAGUUUAUUGCCUACGAAACCAAUUGGACUGUUGAAAAAGGCUAUUCAGGCGGAAAUGGCAUCAUCCGACCUUUUCGAGCGUAUUUAGCUGGAGCUGAAAAUUCUCUUGAUGUUAUUCUUCACAACAGUUAUAGUGAUUUGGAUCACUUAUGUGCCAAACAUGUUCAAGGCUUUAGUGUAACCGUUCACGCCCCUUUUUCCAUUCCUCAAGUGAGACAACAGUACUUCACGGUGCCUUUUGAUACAGUUAUGAAUGCAGUGGUAUCUCCUGUGGUUAUGUCUACUUCGGCAAAAGUGAAACAAUACAGUCCUAAAGCGCGAGAAUGUUAUUUUUCCACAGAAAAACAUUUAAAAUAUUUUCAAAUUUAUGCUCCAAGAAAUUGUAAAUUGGAGUGUAUAACCAAUUUCACAUUAAAAUAUUGUGGAUGUGUCAGUUUUCAUAUGCCCAGGGAAAAUGGCACCCGAAUAUGUGGUAACGCUAAAUUAGGGUGUGUUAAAAAAGCAGAAUUGGCUCUUAAAGAGCAACAGCUUGAAAUUCAGAUAUUUCAAGAAGGAAUGGAUUUCUUUUGCGAUUGCAAACCACUUUGUACUGAUAUAACUUACCAAGUUGAACCAUCUCAAUCACCUUGGUAUCAUGAAACGAAGCCCACUACAACAAACAGUCCUUAUUUUAAUAGGACACAUUAUGCGAGGCUCAAUAUAUAUUUCAAACAAGAUUCAUUCUUAACUUCAGAAAGGAAUGAAUUGUAUGGCCCUACCGAUUUUCUGGCAAAUUUUGGAGGACUUUUGGGAUUAUUUACAGGAUUUUCUCUAUUGUCAGCAGCAGAAAUUGUGUAUUUCCUAUCAAUUAGGCUCUUUUGUAAUUUCCGGUUAUUUCGAAGAUGGACUGGUCCUGAAAACUGAAAGUUGCUUGAGGCAUUACAUUCCAGAAGACAAACUGGUAAGAUUGACUAUACCAGAAGCAAAUAAUACUUCACUACAGAUUUCACUACAAGUAAAUUUUUUUAUGUGGUUGUGAAUACAAAUGAAUGUUAAAUCUUCAAUAAAUCAAAUUAAAUGAAGAAAAAAA